AUGGGAUUUGUUCUUCAGCGGAAUGUGAUGGCCUCAGGUGUAGUUCCUCAGAUCUCUCUCAUCAUGGGCCCGUGUGCAGGUGGUGCCGUGUACUCGCCUGCUCUGACAGACUUCACUUUUAUGGUGAAGGACACCUCCUAUCUGUUUAUCACAGGCCCAGAUGUGGUAAAGUCUGUAACAAAUGAGGAUGUUACCCAGGAGGAGCUGGGUGGAGCAAAAACCCAUACCACUGUGUCCGGUGUUGCUCAUCGGGCCUUUGAGAAUGACAUUGAUGCCCUUCUGAACUUGCGAGACUUUUUUAACUUUCUCCCACUGAGCAACAAAGAUCCAGCUCCGGUCACUGAGUGCCAUGAUCCUCGUGACCGGCUGGUUCCUGGUUUGGACACUAUUGUUCCUUUUGAAAGCACAAAAGCCUAUGACAUGCUGGACAUUGUUCAUGGUGUAUGUACAUCUUUAGAGAACAAAUGA